ACAUGUUUAGUAUAAAUGAUCACAUGACCAGAGCUGUUCCUGGUUGCAUCAUGAGAAGAGAAUGGCUGUGUCAAAGCUCUGAAAAAAGGUUAGUAAAGUAUGUUAACAUAAAGAUAGGACAAAGGUCUUUGGUGCACAUCAUCUUUACGCUGUCUAGUGUUGAUAUAUGCAUUUGCAAUCACCCAACUUUGGUCACUGUGUUCAUAGAAUUAGUCAACAUGUUGAUGGCAACACAAGUGAUAACACUGCAUCUAGGUACACACAUACUUAUACACACAUAGCUCUUGUUCUCCGUUCUUUCUUUUAGCUUCACUUUGAGUCACACACACACAACAAUGCUGUUUUUCCACAAAAUGAGGAAGAUGCCUUUACUCUAAACAAUUAACUGAGAUAAUAUAAUGACAAAAUAAUGAAAAAAAACAUUAAUCACAAAAAUGUUUUCGUGACUAGUCAAAAAAUUCUGUGGAGUUUGAGAUGGCACUAGUAAGACUGGAAUAUAUGACCUGUAGUAUUUCAAAAAUCAAAUGAAAAUCGGUCACCCUCCUGUAUGUUAUGCAGUGCUGGAAAGUAACUAUUUACUCAAAUGCUGUACAAAUUACUUGUAAUACUUGUAACUUUACUUGAGAAUAUGAAUUUCUUUAUUUACAUCUUCAUAUUCUAUUCCGCUAUAUUUCAGAGAGAAAUAUAUUUUUUACCCCACUACAUUUGUAAGAUAACUAUGGCUCCUUUUAAGCAUAUGACCCUGUACAAAAAAAAAACAAUGUACUGAUGCAAUCUAAUACAACAGUAUUACAAUAAAUCCCACUUUUUUAUGUUUUAGAGAGGUGUUGAUUGAACUGUAUGAUCAUUUUGGAGGAUGUAGCCUAGUUGGUGGUGCUGUUGAGCUGUAUUGCAUUAUACAGAGAGGGGUUUAUAUUCAGCCUACCCUCACUGAUAUAAUUGAGGUGGAAAAAAUAAUAGAAACACCUUAUUAUACAAUUCAAGGGCACAAACAAACUACAUCCUCCAAAAUUACAGUACGAUUGACCAAGUUCAAUCAGCAUCUCUCUAAAACAAUUUAAACCCAAACCUAAUAAACUACCAACUGUGUGUACGGUAUGCAGCAACGUAAAACUAGCCCCGCCGACGACAAACAAAAGCAAGAUGAUGCUUGCUUAUUAAUGCACCAGUGUUAAAUCUAAUAUAGCCAUAUAAUGUAGUUAACCACAUCAGAACAGUCGCUAGCUUAGUUUAUACUUACGUACUUUAACUAAACUAAAUGUUAAUGCAGGAUUGGUAGCUUCAUUAAAGGAUAGUAUAUGAGUAACCUACUUCUUCCACUUCUCGUAUGUUAAAAGUCAUGUCAGUCGUCCAGACCAGCUUCUCUUUGGCGUUGACCGUUAGAGGCCGCUAACGGUUUGUUGGACCCGAAACACCGAGCCCUCUGCAGUCGUUAGCUUGUCCUUCUUGUUGUUAGGCAGGUUGUCAGGGGCAGCGCACCAGCCUAGUUAGCUUGCAAGGGAUUAAGGGACUUAGUUAAUGAUGGUAUAUUUAUUUAUCAAAGAAAACGACUGGCGGCAUACCUGCUUUUUCUCUCGGAGUUGCCCUGUGUCUUUGGGUAAAAGCAGCAAAGACGACAACGUCGAUUUUUAUCGAAACAGGCAGAGUUUUGGAGUGGGCUUUACCUCGUAACUAGCUAGGUUUGCUAACGUUAUCAGGCAGACGUAAAGUGAUAUACAUUAACGUUACACACUGAAUACAUAUCUCCGUGUUUCCAUCACGGUUGAUUUGCUGUCGUUUGGUGCGAAAAUGGAAGCCGCUCAAGAACAUUUUAUGGAGCAAGAAGAGUCCGAUGGAAGCGACAAACCAUCGUCGUCGCCCUACAAUUCCCCUUUUCGCUCCACUCGAAUGCACAUCCAGAGAAGUAAUGUCUGCUCUCGGGCUUACUUCGUUGUGGUCAUGGUCUUCUUCCAUGUGUACAUCCUGAAUGUUAUCGCCCUGUUGCUCUACGUGCACUACAACAACGGACCCGGGGACCUUGUCAGUAGCGACGGGGCCUCCUCAUCAGCAUUGGUCAGCGAGGGUGGGAGCUCUUUGCCCCAUCCUGCCCCAGCUUCAAGAGAGCUACAUGUGGAGGACUACAGUCAAAGUUUCAGUCUCCCUCGCAUUGAGGGGAUACGGGUGGGACAUGUUCAGCAGGUGUCCCUUGUGCCAGAGCGAACACAUGAGAUGAAGACACUAAGCUUGAAACCUCUGCUAUUUGAGAUCCCUGGCUUCCUGUCAGAGGAGGAGUGCCGUGUGGUGGUGCAGCUGGCUCAGCUCAAGGGUCUGAUGGAGAGCCAGGCACCAGCACCCAGCCAGGGACAAGAAGAGUCAAACCAGCCUCUACUUUCUCUCAGCACAGAGGAGGUCUUCAGUCUUUUGGACCUAAACCAGGAUGGGCUGCUGCAGAAGCAGGAGAUUGUGAGUCACUCACGUUCUCGAGAUGGAACUUGGUUGAGCCCAGAUAACUUACGGCAGAUACUCACUGGUCUGGAAGGUCGCCCAACAGAGAUGCUGAACUUGGAGGACUUUAGGCGUGUUUAUGAUGUGUCCCAACGCCCAGGACAACAGCGAAGUGGGAAGCUCUGGAGUCAAUUCAGACAGAGAAGCAAACACACAUGGCUUUUCCAAGGCCUGGGAUCUCACCAUGUGCUGCAAACCCUCAGGAACAGAGUAAUCAGUCUGACACGUCUGCCCUCUGCAUUGGUUCAACUGAGUGAGCCGCUGCAGGUGAUUCGCUAUGAGCACGGAGACUUCAGUAAUGCCCACCAUGACAGCAGCCCUUCUCAGUCAGAGACUAUCUGUGCACACACACGACUGGCAGGAAACACAUCUGCUCUUACAGAGGUCUCUUGCAGGUAUCUUACUGUGUCGUUCUACCUCAGCUCUGCAGAGGAAGGUGGUGAGACCACCUUUCCUGUGGCAGACAAUCGUACCUAUGAAGAGCAAGCACUGGUCCAGGAUGGAACUGAUUUGACUGACACCCAGGAGACAUGUGGCAGAGGAAACCUGAGAAUAAAACCUACUCCUGGGAUGGCACUCCUCUGGUACAACCAUUUAUCUGAUGGUAGAGGUUGGAUGGGAGAGCUAGAUGAGUAUUCCCUGCACGGCGACUGCCCAGUCAGGCGUGGGGUGAAGUGGGUGGCCAACAGCUGGGUAAAUGUGGACCCAGACUAUCAGAUGCAGGCCCGCUACCAGAGACUAGUCGCUCAGAGGCAUCGAGCUAAGUCAACCAUGGAGGAGCAUUACCAACCUCUUUCACACAGUGACCUCCACCAGGAUUUAUAGCUGGGCUUUUUUAAUGAAAUGACAAAGCGACCAUCAUUUUAAACUGAGUUAGUCUUGCAUCUAUGAAGCCAGUGAGGCCGGACAGACCUUUCCGCUACGUCAGAUUUGAGAUGAACAUUGCACAAAAUAGCAUCCCAGAUAUUUUCUCCUUUCAGUAACUGUCUUACAUUACAUUAUGUCUCUUAAGCCACUGCUCCACAUUUACUUUGACUUUAAGUCAAUCCUAUUGGGAAGGUUUGGUGAGUUCAAUAUAGAUUUACAGAAUACAGAAUUAUGAUGGGCAGAUGCAUUAGUUUCCUCACAAUUAAUUUAUAAUACAAAUGUAACAUGUAUAUGAAGUGAAUGCCAUUCUUUAUUAAAUUGCGCCUUAAAAAAUAUAAGUUAUUCAGAAUAACAUACCUACGGAUACUGUGAUGUGAGUUGGAGAAGUUGCAGUCAUAUGUAACAGAUAAGCCUGCUUACCUGCCUUCCAUUUUGAUUAACUAGGCAUCUAUCUGCCCCUCUUGCGGGUCACUGUUAUUUAUUGUUAUAGAAUUAACGCCUGUUGUUAGAAGCCAUAUUACAAUAUUCAUCUGUGAAUGUGUUCCUGGGAGAUAUUUUCAUGAGGUCAUGUAUGUCUUUUCUGUUCUUCAGGUUUUGUUCCCUGAGUUAAUGAGCUUUGAUCAUUGAAUGUUAUUUAAAUGGCUACUGCAAAUGCAGGACUUCUAAACUGGACGAAAAGAUUGCUUGUCACACUGGCUGUGGGAGCCCAGUUCUUCAGGUGUAAUUCAAACUUAGGUCUUUGAUAUUCCAAUUAUGUGUUUCUUAUCCUCACAACUCAAAAUUAUUUAAUUGUAUGAGAGUAUUUAUUUGAGUGUUAUUUAUUACUACCAUUUGGUGAUUUAAAUUAAAGGAAAACAUAUUUAUUACAGCUUGAUGUUGCACUGAAUUUGUCACUGUAUUUGUUCUGUGUUAUGAAAUAUAUAAAGCAAUGGUUUACUAGU